AUAAUGAACUACUGUUUAUUAUUGACACUUGCCAAGGAGCAUCAAUGUAUGAACGGUUUUAUUCACCUAACAUGGCUCUAGCUAGUAGCCAAGUGGGAGAAGACUCACUCUCCCAUCAACCUGAUCCUACAAUUGGAGUCCAUCUUAUGGAUAGGUACACAUUUUAUGUCUUGGAAUUUUUGGAGGAAAUUAUUCCAUCUAGCCAAAAGGGUAUGAAUGACCUUUUACAAGUAUGUCCCAAAAGUCUCUGUGUAUCUACUCCUAGACAUUGUAUUGAUCUUUUUCAGAGGAAUCCUAAAAGUAUCCUAAUAACUGAAUUCUUUGGAAGUGUAUGGAAAGUGGAAAUUACAACAGAGACUAUUCAUUUGAAAUGGGAUUCAGAGAUCUUGGAAAGCAGCAGCUAUAAGGAAGACCAGAUAGUUGAAGAACUAAUAGAACCUCUGAAAUAUGCUGAACAACUUCCUGUAGCUCAGAUAACACCAGAAACCAAAGCUAAAAGAUUGGCAUCCUCCUGGGGGCUUCAUUCUGGGACUAUGAGCCCUGAUUAUCAUGGUUUUCUUCAAAACUUAUGGAAUCAAGCAUAUGAAGUUCAUUUUUUAGACUCAGUGAUGUGUGAAGAAGAAUGAAUGGAAGAAUGCAACCUUGGAUAAAAUAAUGUUAUUGAAUGUGUUAAAAAAUAUAUUUCUCCUAUGUAAACUGGAAAAAGUGUAAGGAAAAUUAAAUUUUAAUGAAUUAUUGGCACUG